UUGCAUGUUCUUUUCUUUCGGGGAGCGACCGGCGCGCCGAAGCCGCGGCGUCGCCGUGCCGGAACCACUCACGCGUCGACUUUCUCCGAGUAUAUUGCAUUGCAUCCGAGCAAUCGGACCGAAUAGACGCAUGUGCGUGUUGCUUCUGGUGCCUGCUCCAUUUGAACGGGCGUAAACGAUACCAACAAGUGUGCGAAACACCGACGGCGUCCCGAAAAAUCUCUGGGAGCAUUGCCGACCGCGGAGCGAAAGCAUGUCCUCGAGCGCCAUGGUGGAGGAUCCCGCUCGGCCGCCGGCCGACGUCGAUGACAUCGAGAAGCUGGCCAUGGCCAACCUGGAUCCCGCGGUGCAGACCUUUAUUCAGACCGGAUACGGCCGGUGCCUGACAGUGCGCGAGAAUCGCGAAGCCUUCGGCAGGUGGCGAUUCCUACCCAAAGUGCUCUCGGGAUCCUCGCAGAGGAACACCCAGACGACGCUGCUGGGCAGAGUCGUGUCCAUGCCCGUCGGCAUCGCUCCGACGGCGGCCCACUGCAUCGUGCAUCCCGAUGCAGAGAUCGCCGUUGUGAGAGCGGCUCGUGAAGCAAAGGCCGUGAUGGCUGUCAGCGUGGUGCACUCCGCUUCACUGGAAGAGAUGGCAGCCGCCGCAGGCCCCGACGCCGUCCUCUGGGCGCAGCUGGAUAUUCGCAAGGACCGCUCCAUAACGCUGGAGGAAGCCCUGCGUGCACAGCGCUGCGGCUUUGCAGCGCUUGUCGUGACGCUAGACGCCCCCCUCGUCGGACGCAAAGCCGCACCCGGGGUCACUGACCCAGUGAGAGAAGCCUUCGGAGAGACCUUCUCGCGUCUUCGUGGUGGCGCGCCCGGCCAUGAGUGGGACCCCUGCCAGAGCUGGGAUGACAUCGACUGGCUGCGCAGUAAGGUCGACCUGCCUCUAGUCAUCAAGGGUAUCCUCAGAGCCGAUGACGCUGUGGAAGCUGUGCAUCACGGUGCUUCCGCAAUCGUCGUGUCCAACCAUGGUGGUCUUUACAUGGACGGCGUGCCUGCUACGCUGGAGGUGCUGCCGGAGUUGGUGCGUGCCAUUAGAGGCCGCUGCGAAGUCUACAUGGACGGCGGCGUCCGGUGUGGCGGCGAUGUGGUCAAAGCGUUGUCCCUAGGAGCCAGAGCAGUGUUCAUCGGCCGGCCAAUCUUCUAUGGUCUGGGAUACAAGGGCCAGCAGGGAGUCACCGAGGUGCUUGAGUGCAUCCGCCGGGAGCUCGACAACUGCCUCGCGCUAAUAGGUUGUUCGGACGUGGAAAAGCUGCACCCUGGCUUUCUUAGGCGCAAUGCCGCUUGCAUCCACGAGUGCAGCGGCUCUACAUGACACGAUGCUGCUACAAGUUUCUCUUCAUGAAAAAUAGAAAUAUUGUGAAGCAUUUAUGUGCGCUUUGAAUGUCGCAAAUUCACCUUUGUGUACACAGAAGCUACACGCCUUGAAGGACAACUGCUACAAAAUUUUCGACCCCGUAAAUUGCCUAAAUUCGCAUAGCACAGAUAUAGAACAGCUUCCGUGCAAUAUUUUGCUUUUGAAAUACAAGUAGAUGCGUCACGGAAAGCUAGCAAAAAUAGCCGUUUUUGAUACUGAAGCUGCCAAAAAAACACAGGCAUUACAACUCACCAGAAGUGACGCAUGACAUAGAACGCCCGGCUUCUCAGCAUGAUCUCGGAGGCCUCCGAGAUUAUCCGGCUGCCCGCGGCACGCUGAUGACUCUCGGAGGUGACGUGCAGGGAUUUACGUCAUGUGCGCUCACCACUUGGUGCACGCGUCGUCAGCUUAUUGGCUAUGCAAAAGCUUGUAAUAAAAAUUCAGCAGAUUUACCGAGUUGGAAUCUAUAUACAGCGAAGCUUUGAAUGAUUUCAUAAAGAGUCAAAAACACAUGAACGCGCACGCACGCACGCACGCACGCCCAAACAAACAAAGAAACAAAGAAAGAAACAAACAAACCAAGAAACAAAGCGGAGUUUCUGACUACUAAGAAGUACGACGGAUGCCUUGAACGCAUCAUGGUUUCAGUGGCAGCAUGCGCAUAAGUACGUAACGCAAUUAGAGUCCAUUAAAUCCGCAAGAAGCGUUCACUUCCUCAUUACCGUGCAAAUGCAGGUGCGCGAAGGCGAGCUUUCUGGUUCCUUCUUUUUCUUUCUCCCGCACGGCUGGCGCCGCAGCUGCCGCGGAUGCAUGUAGGCGAGCGCCAUCUGGUAGGGGUGCAGUGAACCGUGCGGCGCGCGUACACCGCUGUGAUGUUAAUUGGUCUAUUCGGCAACAGAACAGCCAAACUGCAGCGCCCACGGUUACGAAACCCUGCGAGGUGCGCAAAAAAGCUUUGUUUUUAAAAAUUUGACAAAUACCAGCCCUGCAGUCUUGUCAAGAUUGCUUCAGUUGCUGUAUAUCACUCAUUUAUAAUAAAUUUAGGAAAAAUGAAAUGGCGUUGGAGUUGGUCUUUUAGUUUUCAUGGUUAUGUUAUACGUAUUUUUGAGCGGGGUGCCCACAACACGCAAU